AUGUUUACGUUUUUAUUUAGAAGGAUAAAGAAUAAUGAAAAAAUUUUAAAAGAAUUUAGUAAUUGUGUUCGAUUUGUAUCGUCAAAAGAUAAAUUGAAACAUUACGUCUUUCCAUCUAUUUCUCAAGAUGAUUGUGAAAUGAAAUUUAUAUCUGGAUGGGGACCGGGUGGACAAAAAGUAAAUACAGCUCAAAAUGCCGUUUUUUUAAAACAUAAAAGUACGGGAAUAUUUGUCAAAGUUCAUGAAUCUAGAUUAUUGCCAAAAAAUAUUGAAAUUGCCUUUGAGAGACUUAAGCAUGAAUUAGAUAGACAUUUAAAUGGAGAAAAUUGUUAUGCUGAACAAUUAAAAAGACUAGAAAUAAAAAGAGAAGAAAGAAAUAAAAGGCAAAGAGAAAAAAGAAGGAAUUUAAAAAAAAUGGAAACUAUUUAG